AUGUACGACAUGGCAUAUGAAGAAGAGCUGCGGCAGCAGACUAUCAUGGCGGAAGUAUUGCCGGAUGCAGAGAUGUGGAGCAAGUGGGAAAAGACGGAGGCACCCCUGCGACAAGGAAGAGGCUGGUACCCUCGACUGGACCGCCAUUUUCUCGAGCUUCUCGUCAUCUCUGAAAUCCACGCUCUCUCACAUCCGCUCAACUCUUCCUCGUCCCCACCAGGCUACGCCGAGCGGGUUCACCGCCAUGUGAGCCGCGUGCGCCGAGUAGCGUGUGAAAGGAUCGGUGGAGAAAGGUUGGGUGCGUACUGCGAGAGGGUAAAGGAAGCUUUUGAAGCGUAUAUGAUGGGUGGCUGGGCCCGGGCUCAGGCUCAGGCUCAAGCCCAGGCGCAGCAGAUGCAGAUGCGAGAGGAUGAGAUGGAGGAUGAACAUUACGAGGAAGCGCCAGGGGAAGAGGACGACGAGCAUAGAGGAAGAAAGCUGGAGAGGGUUGGAAGCGUUAACAGAGAACCAUCCCCAACUGAAAGACCCCCAGCAUACCAAUAUCACACUCUAGACAGCGCUAUGAUCGACGAUGAGGAAGAUCAAAGUCAUCUGCUAGAGAUCGACUUCAAGGAUGUUCAGCUCGACGAAGUGUCUGAAGCGGGAUCUGACGAUGAUGGUUCCUCCAUCAGAGCAACGGUGGGGACGUCAGGGUCCUGGAGCAAGAGCAGUCAAAUGGACGUCGACAAUGCUUCUUCCUAUACCAGAUUGCCCAGGCCAGAUCACGCCCAGGUCCAUGCCGCCAUACCCGAGAGAGCCCAGGCCGCCGUCGAAACAAACGUGAGACUAGCAGUCCAAGCCUGA